CAGUUCUCAAUUUUUCUUCUAGUUUAGUUUUAACACCAAAACAAAAAUGGCGUGUUGUAGUUUGUGCCUAUAUUUAUUAAUAAUAUUUUUUAGAAUAUCGUUGGUGUUACCUUUUAAUGACAUCCACUUUUAUAAAACAGACUCAUAUCGCAACUCAGAACACCACAUAGAAUUAAAAUCAUUAGAAAAUGAAAACGAGCACGUACUUCAAAAAAGAGAAAUCUCCGAAUUGGAAAUCAAUCCUACUUCACUGAAUGUGACGGCAGUACAAAAUGGUACAACCGAAGAGCCUUCUAUACCACCCCCUAAAAAGAAAUCAGGGAAAGUUCAGAAAAUUUUUUACCCACCCAGUUCGGUUGAACCAGCAGUGACCAUUUCAUCAGUGAACGAAAGUGUAACAAAUAUAUCCGACCAAAAAAACAUAACAGUUCCAAUAUUUUUGAAUCAUACUACUUAUUUAACUAAAAGUAACGAAUCUGAGUUGGCCAACUCUGAUUCUAAAUUAUCAGGUACUGAAGAAAACGAUCAAGAUGACCAAUAUUUUGAUCCUGAUACUAACGAGGAUUAUGAUAAACUCGCGGCUAAACAUAACAUUUCACAAGUAAAAACGGACUCUCACAUUUACUAUAACAGUAGUCUUCAAAAUGAUCCCAAGGUUGGACAGCAUUAUUGGGUAGAUAUGACCAACCGCAGCGAUGUUAAGAUCAAUGAACUUCUGUCAAAGUCACACAGAAGAGCUGCUACUGUCAAAUUGUCAUUUGAAUUUCCAUUUUAUGGACAUUUGAUAAAAAAUGUUACCAUAGCUACUGGAGGUUUCUUGUACACCGGUGACUAUGUACAUUCUUGGUUAGCCGCCACUCAAUAUAUUGCACCUUUAAUGGCAAAUUUUGAUACAAGUUUAUCCAAUAACAGUUUCAUUAAAUACGUUGAUAAUGGUACUGCUUUUACUGUGGAAUGGGAGAAAGUAACUUUGCAGGAAAAACCAAGCGAUGAAGAAUUCACAUUUCAAGUUACCCUUCACAAAAAUGGUGAUAUAAUAUUUGUAUACAAAAAUGUGCCAUUGUAUAUUAAAAAUAUUCAAGAUGUAAAUCAUCCUGUAAAAGUUGGUUUAUCGGAUGCCUAUAUUAUGGAUCGUACAGUAUUCUUUGUACGCAGGAAAACAAUAUAUGAAUACCACCGUGUUGAUUUCAAAAAGGAAGAUAUUAGGAAUUGGACUGUCAUUUAUUUGACACUUCUUCCUACUUGUCUUGAUAGCACUGACUGUACCACAUGUUUAAGUAGGCGAAUAACUUUUCCAUGUAUGUGGUGUCCUUCUCUCAAUAAAUGUUCUACUGGCAUAGAUCGCAAUCGACAAGACUGGUUAGCUCAAGACUGCAACAGAAAACGAAUUGAGAAUGAAACUAUGUGUUCAUAUAUAAACAAUACAGAUAAUGUAGACCAUAACUACAUUUCACUAGAUCCGUUAGACCAUUCUUCUACGGCAUCUCGGAUUUAUGCUACAACCAUGAACAAACAAGAACAGGUGGGAAUUUCUGGAAUUUUAGCCAUCAUCUUUUUGCUUACCAUGGUGGCCGGACUGGCAUUCUGGAUAUUUUAUGCCUACAGAAAUCCACACACAACAAGUGGUCAAAUUUUAAUAAAGUAUCGACCAAGUCAAUGGAGAUGGAGAAGGGGUGAAGCCAGAUAUACAGCGGCAACAAUACACAUGUGAUGUGAUAAUAAAUUAGUGUCUUAGGAACCAUUCCAAUUUACAUAUCAUAAAGCAAAUAAAGUUUUUAGUACUUUGUAAAAUUAGAGCCGUGUGGAAAUUUCGUGUUAGUUUCGGAGAGCGUUCCAAGCUGAGUACCAAAUUUGUAAGCAGUUAUAGCUAUUUAAUGAAUACAUCGACGAUGGCAGAUCAUAUUGGUGUAACGUAUGGAGGAAAUGGCCUAUAUUACCGUUUAAUUAUGGUGUUCUGUGAUAAAAUUAAAAAAAAAGGAUUUUUCAAAAUUUCGUGGAAUUAAAAUGCUCAAUGUCAGGCAAUAUAUUUGUAAAUAAUUAUUUGAGAUUUAAAUUCAUGUAAUUGUAAAUAAGAUGAAACGAAAAAUUUGUAUUUUGUAUGACAGUUUUAUUGUAUGAUAAAGAUAUAUUGUAUUUACCUUAUUUGUAAGUGUUAAGUCUCUUUUAUAUAUUCUUAAAAACUGUAGGAACUAGUUUAACUUAUUUAUUUUUUCAGUGUAACAACGUAGCCCUUAGUAGUUGUAAACUCUAUUUUCACCUACAGUUAUAUGUCAAUAAAUUUUUUUACCAAGA